UGUGACCGGUGAUAUCCAGAGCUGCCACCCUGAGGACACCCCAUGGCCCCAUGAGUGUGGCUGAGUCCAAGGACACAUGCUGCUUAACAGACUGCUGACCAGCUGCAGAAGGCUGUCCACCAUGAGGCUGCAGAGCUCAGAGUUCCAGGCCCUCUUGACUGAGGGGCUUCAGACCCUGACAGGCCUGUUCGCUCAGGAGAAACACGAGCUGCGCAUUGCAGGCGGAGCCGUCCGCGACCUCCUGCUGGGUAACCAGCCGCAUGACAUCGACUUCGCUACCACCGCCACCCCGGAACAAAUGAAGGAUCUCUUCCUCAAGGCCGGGAUACGGAUGAUCAACAAUAAAGGAGAGCAGCACGGCACCGUCACUGCGAGGAUCAGCAAUCAGAACUUCGAGAUCACCACGCUGAGGGUGGACCUGAAGACAGACGGCCGGCACGCCGAGGUCCAGUUCACCACAGACUGGGAGCUGGACGCGGAGAGGCGGGACCUUACCAUCAACUCCAUGUUUCUGGGGUUCGAUGGCACACUUUAUGAUUACUUCAACGGCCACGAGGAUUUGAAGAACCACUGCAUCCGAUUUGUGGGCGAUCCGGCGAAACGAAUCCAGGAGGAUUAUCUGCGAAUCCUGCGCUACCUCAGGUUCUAUGGGAAGAUAUCAGACAAGGCCGGAGUUCACAGCCCGGCUACACUGGACGCCAUCAGAGACAAUGCACCGGGACUGAGCGGGAUCUCGGGGGAGAGGAUCUGGGUGGAACUGAAGAAGAUCCUGGAAGGGAGACAUGUCACUCAUCUGAUGCGGCUCAUAUAUGAACUGGGCGUGGCUCCACAUGUCGGACUACCGGAGGACGGGAACCUGGAGGAGUUUGCCCGGGUCUGUACACAAGCCGAGCGCUCAUCUCCCAAACCCAUGACCCUCCUGACUGCACUCUUCUCGCACCCGGACGCGGUCCAGAAACUGGAUCUGAGGCUGAAGAUCUCCAAAGAGGAAAAAGGUCUCUCGCUAUUUAUACUGAAGGAGAGGCGGGAGCUGAGGGCGGAUCACACGGACAGAGUGCCGCUGAAGCCGUACCAAGACUACAUUAUUGAUUCCCGGGAAUCUGAUGCCCAAAAGAAGGUGUGCGAGCUGCUGAAAUACCAAGGCGAGGAGCGGCUCCUGCAGGAGAUGGAAGGCUGGACUCUGCCCCGCUUCCCCGUCAGCGGGCACGACCUCCGCCGAUUGGGCAUCUCUUCGGGGAAGGAGAUUGGGAGGAUCCUGCAGGAACUCCGGGAGCAGUGGAAGGAGAGCGGGUACCGAUGCGGCAAAGAGGAACUUCUGAACGGCGUUCAAGGGAAAGGUUCCUGAGCGUGCGGCCAA